AGGGAUAUUUGAUUCUCCGACAAACCACAUGAACGACGCCGUUUAUCCGUAUUAUUAUACUGUGUCAUUUCCCCAUAGUUGUCUGGUUUGGCUCAAUCAAACGAUAGAGGCUUCUUGUUGCGGAAAAAAGAAACCUCUUUUCAAUCAAGAUGAGAACAAGAAGAAUCGCUGGUGUUGCUUUGAUUUUCAGCCCAACAACGACAGCACGUAACUAUGGAAAAGGUAACCCGUUUGUCCAUCAUCAUAUACUCUUGUUUCAUACUACUCAAUUUUCAACGAACCCUAAUCCCACUGAUGACAUUGCAAUCACGAACCGGAAGCAACUGCAGAAGUUGUUGCUGGAGAAAUCUAAAACGGGUUUUCACAAGCUCGACCAUGCUCUUUGUUUGUUCCGUCAAAUGGCCCGAUUUCGACCUCUGCCUUCAGUGAUCCAUUUUAAUCAGCUGUUAACUGCUGUUGCCAAGAUGAAGGAAUAUUCAUCCGUCUUUUCUCUGUUUAAAGAAAUCCACGAGUUGGGCAUUCCAAUUGAUGAAUAUACACUGAAUAUUUUGAUCAAUUGUUGUUGCCGCUUGAAUCGAUUGGAUUUUGGAUUUGCUAUCUUGGGUAUCUUCUGUAAGUGUGGUUAUACUCCAAAUGUGGCUACCUUCACCACUCUGAUAAAUGGGUAUGUUUUAGAAGGCAAGACUUCUGAGGCUGUGAAUUUGUUCGUAAGGUUGAUAAAAUAUGGAGACAUCGAACCCAAUGAAAUCACCUAUGGGACGAUCAUAAAGGGGCUUUGUAAAGUAGGAGACACUACAAUGGCUAUACGUUUGCUGAGGAGUAUGCAGAAAUGGAAAUAUAGGCUCACUGUUGUGAUGUAUAACACAAUCAUCGACAACCUUAGUAAGGACGGGAAUUUCGAUGAUGCUUUCCGGCUCUUAUCGGAGAUGAGAGGCUAUGAUAUUAUGCCUAAUGUGGUGACCUACAGCUCUUUAGUUGAUGGCUUGUGCAAAUCAGGUCGAGGGAAGGAUGCCGCAAAAAUAUUGAGUGACAUGACGGAGCAAAACAUUUUCCCUGAUGUUGUGACCUUCAAUAUGUUGAUAGAUGCACUUUGCAAGGAGGGAAGGACUGAAGAAGCGGAGGGCAUACUCCAGAUCAUGAUUCGAAGAGGUGUGAAACCCAAUGUUGUCACUUAUAGUGUAUUGAUGGACGGAUAUUGUUUGCAAGGCCAAAUAAAGAAAGCAAAAGAAGUGUUGAACUCCCUUGUUGAUAAGGGCCUUGAGCCUAAUAGCCAUAGCUAUAAUAUUUUAAUCAAUGGUUUCUUCAAUAAGAUGAAUAUAGACGAGGCCAUGGAUCUCUUUAGAGAAAUGCCUUGUAAAGGGUUAAAACCUGCUACUGAUACUUACAACUCUAUGUUAAAGGGGUUGUUACACAUAGGGAGAUGUGAUGCAGCAGAUCAUAUGUUUCACGAGAUGAUGUGUAGCGGUCAAACACCUAACAUUCUAACUUACUCAAUCUUAUUAGACGGAUUCUUUAAAAACAAAAAAAUUGGCAAGGCAGUAGAGGUGUUUCGUUCAAUGCAAGAUCAAGGAAUAGUUCCUAAUAUUGUUAUUUAUAGUGUCAUCAUUAAUGGCAUGUGCAAAGCAGGGAAGAUUGAAGAUGCUCGAAAAGUUUUUAGUGUCUUCUUAGCUAAAGGUUUGAAACCCAAUGUUAAGAUUUACACAACAAUGAUUAGUGGACUUUGUAAGGCGGCCUUGGUAGAUGAAGCUGAGGAGUUACUUUUGCAAAUGGAGGGAGAUGGGUGCCCACCAAAUGAUGUGACUUACAAUAUUGUGGUCAGGGCAUUCCUGAAGAGGGAAGACAAACACAAGGUUAAGAUAUUUCUGCAAGAAAUAAUCAACAGGAAUUUCAAACCAGAUGUAUCUACCAUGUCCAUAUUAGUAGAUUUACUUGCGGCCGAGGGUGAGGAUAGCGAUUUUUUAAAAAUGAUCCAGAGUCUUCUGCCAAGGGAGGAUGGUAAGGCUGUGUCCCAAGCUUUAAGGGAAUGAUUUGAAGUUGUCAGAUUAUGGAUGCUUGUGCAAGUUAUGUGGAAGGAUUUUAUGAGUUUGAUCUCUAGGGGACCUUUCAGUUGGAUUUGCAUGCAAUGAUCUUUAUUCAUUUGACAAAAGGAUAUAAUGACCAUACAAAGUGUUGGUUUCUCAAAAGGUUAUGUGCAUACUGCUGACACAGAUUGUUUGAUACAGCUGGUGAAGAGUUGCAGACCUUCUCAUGAAUCUCCAACUUCUGCAGCAAUGUUAGAGGUCGAGCUAGUUGGAAGACUAGUUUUGGUUGUCAAAACCGUACCUACCUUCUUAUCGUGAAACAUGGGUUUGUUCUCGUGGGGUCUCAAAACAUUUCUCCGUCUCUCUGUGAAAGGUUUCCGCUAAAAUUUCCCUUCACUUAUUAUUCUCAUCUUCCUAUCUAUUUCUCUUCACAAAUUACCCCAAACUACUCCCUUGAAACUGUUUCCGGAUGUAAUUUUGUGGUUUAUCUAAAUGCUGGAACAAAGGCUUGCUUGGACUGCUAGUGUCGCCCAGAUCUCGUCAUUUAUGUGCUGGGAGUCUCUCCUUCAAACCUAUGCGUUCCGAGAUGGAUUUGCACUGGUCUACGUCAUUUUUGCAUAGGAACUCAUGUUCCAGGAUACUGCAGGUAUUCACUUCAUAGCGAACUGUUUUGGCGAGCAAAUAUUAUUCAUAGGUUUUCUAAUAAAUUUGGAUAAUGUCAUGAAUUGGGGGUUUAUUGAUUUCUGAAUUGCUUUUGUGAAACAGAUUGGUGCAAUUUAAUUUCAUUAAAACCACUA